AUGCCAGCAUUUCGCCAUCGCCGAGAAUCUACCAGAAAACGAGAGGCGUUUUUUGCUGAGUUCGCCGAACAGAUACGGCCAUCAUUCAAUAACACUGUAGUAUAUUUGACAGGCGGCUUCAGGACGGCGCCUGCUAUGAUCAGAGCUAUAAGUGAUCGAAUAACCGACGGAAUAGGACUAGGACGGCCGAUCACUGCUGAACCAGACUUGCCAGCAAAAAUCCUCUCUGGUGAAUGCUCAUCAGCUCCCGACACGAAGUUGGAUCAAGAUGACUUCAUUAUAACUUUGAUAGCCAGUCUUACGCAAAUGUGGCAAAUGGGAAGAAGACCGUAUGCAGAUCUCACAAGUGUUUGUGACGACAUCGCUGACCUGAGCCAUCCGAAGGAAGUGGAAAACUUCAUGAAAAAGGCUGAUCAUUUCUUCACCCAGGCGACUAAGGCUAUUAAACGCAAAGAACCUAUUAACAGUGUCAUGGAGUAUGAAAACAUUGUUGUGUAA